CGCACGGCGGCGGUCCCGCCCGCCUGCCACAAUGCGCGGCGAGGCUGCGGCCGCGACUUGGCGCCGUCGUCCCUAACGUCGCCGCUCGGCACCCUGAGGACCGGCCGCCCCUGACGCCGGACGAGGGGACCCCCGCUCCUUCUCGCCAACCCCACCCCUCCAUGCGCUCGCUCUGUGGGGCCCGGCCGGGCGGGCGCCUCGCGGACGCGGAGUCACGCGGGUGACGGCAGAGGCGGCCGGGAGCCCCCGUGCCGCCGGCGGAGAGGGCACGCCGCGCCCCCGCCCCCCUUCUCUCCCCCCCCCGCUCGCCCUCGCUCCCCGGAGGUUGUGGGUGCGGAUGCGCCUCUGACGAGUCGCCGCGACGAGCAGCGGAGCCUGCAGCAUGGCAGCCGCCGCCUAUGUCGACCACUUCGCCGCCGAGUGCCUCGUGUCCAUGUCCAGCCGCGCGGUCGUGCACGGGCCGCGGGAGGGGGGGCCGGAGCCGGGCCCCGAGGGCGCGGCCGCCGCCGUCGCCGCCACGCUGCCCCGCGUCGAGGAGCGCCGCGACGGCAAGGACAGCGCCUCGCUCUUCGUGGUGGCGCGCAUCCUGGCGGACCUCAACCAGCAGGCGCCCGCGCCCGCCCUGACGGACCGCAGAGAGGGCGCCGGGGCCCGCAAGGCGCGGACCCCCUGCCGCCUGCCGCCGGCCGCGUCCCCGGCGUCCGAUCCCGCUUCCCCCGGCGGCGAUGGCGCGGCCGCCGCGCCCCUCAGCCCCGCGUGGAGCGAGCCCGAGCCCGAGCCGGAGCCCGAGGCGGGCGUGGAGUCGGGGCCCGCGGGGAGCGGCGAGCCCGGCCUCAGACAAAGGGGCCGGCGGGGCCGAAGUCGCGCCGACCCGGAAUCCCCGCAGCGGAAGCACAAGUGCCACUACGCGGGCUGCGAGAAAGUUUACGGCAAAUCCUCGCACCUCAAGGCGCACCUGAGAACUCACACAGGUGAGCGGCCCUUCGCGUGCAGCUGGCCCGACUGCAGCAAGAAGUUCGCGCGCUCCGACGAGCUGGCGCGCCACUACCGCACGCACACGGGCGAGAAGAAGUUCCGCUGCCCCAUCUGCGACAAGCGCUUCAUGCGCAGCGACCACCUCACCAAGCACGCGCGCCGCCACGCCAACUUCCACCCGGGGCUGCUGCCGCGCCGCGGCGGGGGCUCGCGCACCGGCUCGCUCAGCGACUACAGCCGCUCGGACGCCAGCAGCCCGCCCGUCAGCCCGGCCAGCUCGCCCUGAGCUGCGCGCCUCCCCCCGCAAACCUGCGAGGCCCCCCAAACAGCAGCACAGACCCCCCCACCCCCGACGCGGCGCGCCACCGCCCCGCAGGCACCACGACUCUGUGCGCGCGCGCGCGGAGGUCCCCCUUUCUCUCUCUCUCUCUCUCUCCCCCCUCGACAGCCAUGAGCAGACAGAUGCCCUAACUUCCUCUGUCACCCCCGUCUUUCUCUUUUGUCAUCUGCAAAGAAAAGAAAAGAAAAAGCCUGCAGACUGAAGGGUCCCACGUUCGAUUCCCGGUCAAGGGCACGGACCUGGGUUGCAGGUUGGAUCCCUGGCCCCGGUUGGAGGGAGCACGUGAAGGAGGCCAGCCCACCCAUGUGUCUCCCUCCCCCCCUCCCUUCCACUCUCUCCACGGAAAAGUAUCCUCGGGGCCGGAUUCAUUAAAGAGAGAGAGAGAGAGAGAGAUGGACGCAGGCCACCCCCUCCCUCCCCCAAUCUUCUUCACCUCAGGUGUCAAACUCGAUUUGUAAGGAAAAAAAAUGUUUUUUAAACGCCCCCCCCCUCCCCACCGAUUGCACAA